AUUCUCAUUGAUUCAGUCAUUCUCAGUUUCUCACUUAGUCACUCUGUCAGUAACUUGAGUGACACUAGUAGGAGAACAUUGAACCAGGGAGUGGAGAAUUGGUGGGAUGAAUUGAUUACCUUCGUUAGGAAUUUGAUUGAUCGAUGUUUCCAUAGGGACGUGUUUCAUUUAACUGUAGUACUGUUCACACUCGAGUGCCUUCAACUGUUUAAGAAAUUUCUCCAUGAAUUAUACAAGUCGGAGUUUGAAGAAGUGGAAGAGAAAGAUCCCUUCAGCCCCAAGAUACCCAUUAAGAAACAAGAUGAGUACAUAGUUGGUGCUUUUUCUUACUUUAAAUGUAUAGUUGGAUAUCAAAUGAAUAGAUACUUUCAACGAAAAAGGAACAUAGAUAGUGUUGAUGAGGGUGCAUCGAAUAAUGUGGAUGUUGAUGAGGGGUUAUCGAAUGAUGUGGAGUUUGAUGUCACAAAACUUCCAACUAAUCCUAGUUUAAGGAUACCCAUUUUGGAUUACAAUGCUAACAUCCGAGAUGAAGUUCGAAGAGCAUAUAUGUUAAAUGGAAGUGAUCCUGAUAUUACCGAUUCUAAUGGAUGGACGCCGCUCCAUUUUGCUGCACACGAGGGGAGUGUUGAAGCAGUCGAAUUCUUACUAAACCACUCGUUUCUCGCCAAAUAUGUUUUGACUAAAGAAGGGAAGACCGCUUUUUCUCUAGCGGUCGAUAAGGGCAAUUUGCACCUAUAUGAUAUGUUACAUUUAGGGGACAUGUUACAUAGGGCUGCAAGAAUUGAUGAUAUUCAUACCAUGAAAAGUUGUCUAGCUCAAGGGGGAAACGUAAAUGGAAGGGAUCAAUAUGGUUGGACCCCUUUGCAUAGAGCUGCUUUUAAGGGUCAUAUUGAAAGUGUGAAGCUUUUGGUUAGCCACGGGGCUCGGGUUGAUCUGGUCGAUGGCGCUGGCUAUACGCCCCUUCUACGAGCAGUCGAGGCAGGACAUGUACAAGUUGCAAUGCAUCUUUUAUCUCAUGGAGCUAAGGCUAAUCUGAAAAGUCUCAAAGGAGUUGUUCCUUCUGAUUUGGAAUGUUUCAAGAAGUACAAUUCUCUUGUAAAUCCUUUAGAACAAGAGGAAAGGCUUUAA